AUGUUGACGGCAUCAAUUGCCGCGGCGGUAUCGAGCAAGGAGCUCGACGACUACGAGAGGCCCAUGAUAUUCUCUUAUGCUUUCACGGACGCUAGUUCAGUCUAUGGCGUCUUUCCACGGCAGUAUCAAGCAACAGGCUCGAUGACUAUGACAGGCCCAUGUUAUAAUUUUAUUCUUGCUGUCCGUCGUUCGUCAGUUCAGCCUAAGUAUAAGGAACCGUUGACUAGUAACAUUGGAGAUAUGGCUACGGGAGUCGUUGAAAGAUUGUUGGAUUUGGAUAGCGGCGGAAAUUCCGUUCAGAGUGCGGGGAUGAAUCCAAGGUUCUAUACGUUGGCCUUCGGGCUCGUGCUAGACAUCGACCGUCAUACAGCACCGUCCAGCUUUCAGCCCGUCGUUUACGGGCACCAGGGCUCUCCUUUAACGAGCCUUGACUUUGUUUCAGAGAGCACAGACGACGCAGGACAGGAUGUCAUGCUACUGUCAUUGAAUACAACCAUGCGGAAGGGGAUGGAGCUGGACUUUGCUAGUUCACUGGAGGGGGGUACUACGCGUGAGGCAAAGUGUAGACCGUGUAUAUCUCAUGUACACUAUACUACGGACAAUGCUCCAAGUCAAGAUUACAAAGUAGACUACAGUACAGAGAGAUCGAGGAAGCGGGCGCGCGAGGUUGAAGACUCAUUCGCUCGGUUUCUGGACCGUGAGGGGCAAGAACUCGGCCCGAACUCGAACCGAGCAGUGAGGCGAUGCUGGCCUAAGGGAUGUAUAGAAUGGGAGUCGGCGUUGCAGAAGAUGAGCUUGCGACCUGAGAGGGAUGCAGCAGAGGGGCGGACCCAAAGCAUAAAGCUUAAAGACUCACCGUGGGAUGGUCGUCUGUGGCUGUGGAAGGAAGUCGUCGACUUGGGAGGCGUGCAAGAUGCGGAAGAGACGUCGGUGGCUGUGGAGAAAGGUCGUCGUCUUGAGGGAUGGCCUGAGAGGGAGGGAGUCGUCUAUUUGGAAGGGAAGAGGGUCGUAGACAUGAUGGGAGUCCAACCUGCAUUACUAUCUUACGCGCGUAACGGUGCCUUUGCUCUUCAAGCGCCCCUCGUCCUUGGCCACGAAUCAGCGGGAAUCAUCACAUCCGUUGGGCCUCUCGUCACGCACCUCCGUCCCGGUCAGCACGUCGCUAUUGAAGCCGGAAUCCUUUGUGGAUCAUGCGAAUAUUGCAGAUCUAACCGGUAUAACCUCUGUGAGGGGAUGCGCUUCCGGAGCAGUGCUAAAUCGUUCCCCCAUCUCGAUGGUACGAUGCAGGCGCGGAUAAACCACCCUGCGAAACAUGUGCAUAUGCUGCCCCGCAGGGUAUCGUGCGAGCAGGGAGCAUUCACGGAGCCUUUGUCUGUUGUAUUGCAAGCAUCGAAACGGGCUGGAGUUUCGAGAAACACACGCAAAGUACUUGCAUUUGGGGCUGAAGCUAUCGGGAUGCUGGCUGCUGGACUCGCGCGUUCAACGUCAACGUUCAACGAUCAUAAAAGUAGAGACGACGUGUUCCGCGAAAUUAAACUCUGGAAGGGUUUCAUCUACAAACGUUCAAAGGGUGUGCCUGUAGAUUGUCUAUCGCCGCAGGCCCCAGCAAAAGGCAUUGAUGAUCUCGAGCAGAGGUAUUUGGCGGAGGAUAUGAUGUCGUAUAUGAAUAUACUGGUGCUGAACUGUGUAUUCAAAUGGCUGUCUAUGUGGGUACCUCUUCUUUUCCGGCUUUCUCGAAUUCUGGCUAAUGUCAAUCAGAGUGCGAAAAGCGGGGGAAAGGUCCUUCUCAUUGGAAUGGGCACGCCUAACGCUUUGAUACCCAUAAGCAUCCUUCCUCCCUUCUUCGUGUCAACGGGUUCUACACUUCUGACGCAUGAAUAUCUCAUCUCAUCGUCAUCGAUAUCAUAG